GUAUGUCAAAAUUCCUGCAAUAUGCAAUUUUGGAUUUUGUGAAAGUCAAAUUUUUGGCUUUGGAUUUUGGGCUCUUUGUAUGUAAUUUCAAUAAAAAAUAUUUUUAUUUCACAUUAUUGACUCAAUUAAUGUGAAUAACUUUUAAAUUUACCAACUUAUUCAGUGUCAUUUUCGUAUUAUUAUAAUUUCAUAACUUCGUUAAGUUUCAAACUUAAAAACCACAUAAAAAUUCAACAGAGAAAUCAGGCGAAAAUGUUCAAUUCCAUGUUUUGUCCAAAGACAAUGCUAAAUCAAUUGUCCAGCACAAUGAGGAGUGUGAGCCAGAAUGUAAAGAAACCCAAAACUGCUAUCCUCAUGCUGAAUAUGGGUGGACCAAAGACUACAGACCAGGUUGCAGAUUACCUCCUCCGAAUAAUGACGGACAGGGAUAUGAUCCAGCUGCCCGUACAGAGCAAACUGGGGCCGUGGAUAGCCAACCGCCGGACUGAGGAGGUUAAGAAGAAGUACCAGGAGAUAGGCGGAGGUUCCCCUAUAUAUAAGUGGACGGAUUUGCAAGGAAAUCUGUUAACAAAAGCGUUAGAUCAAAUGUUGCCGGAGUCAGCUCCACAUAAACACUACAUAGCUUUCAGAUAUGUGCCUCCUUUCACUGAUGAAGUUCUGGCUGAGUUGGAGAAAGAUGGCGUGGAACGAGCAGUGAUAUUUUCUCAGUACCCACAGUAUAGUUGUGCUACCACUGGCUCGAGUUUGAACGCCAUUGCAGACUUCUAUAGAAAUAGGAAGCUCCCCAACAUAAGGUUCAGUCUGAUAGAGCGAUGGGCCACGAACAAGCUGCUGGCACAAGUGUUUGCGGAGAGGAUCAAGGAAAAGCUGGAACUCUUCGACAGGAAGGUCAGAGACCAGGUGCUGAUCAUGUUCACAGCGCACAGCUUGCCUCUCAAGGCGGUGUCCCGUGGCGACACGUAUCCCCACGAAGUGGCCGCGUCUGUGGCCGCCACUAUGGCAGCGCUGGCAUUGCGCAACCCUCACCGGCUGGUGUGGCAGAGCAAGGUGGGCCCCCUGCCGUGGCUGCAGCCAUACACCGACGACGCUAUCAAGGCAUACGCGAAGCAAGGCUGUAAGCACAUGAUAUUAGUGCCCAUAGCGUUUGUGAACGAACACAUAGAAACUUUACAUGAAUUGGACAUUGAAUACUGCGAUGAAGUAGCCAAAGAGGCGGGUGUGACUCAAAUAGAAAGAGCAGCGGCUCCAAACGAUCACCCAACAUUCAUAGCGGCUAUGGCUGACGUGGUGGCCCAACACCUCACCGCUGGGCCCAGAGUGUCCAGACAAUAUCUCUCCAGAUGUGCGCACUGCGUGAGCCAAAGGUGCAAAUCAUCGAAGGAGUUCUACAAGACUUUGUGCAACUUUGAUAACGAGCCAGAAAUGGCAGUUACAAAAAUAUGAUAACACGAAUAUAUCUGUAAUACGCUCAAAUUUCAAAAUAUAAUUAAGCUUGCGAUGGUUAGAUAUACCUCACAUGACAUGAUUUCUCAUUACAUGAUUUCAUGUGACAUGAUUUCUCAUGACAUGAUUUUACAUGACAUGAUUUCACAUUACAUGAUUUCACAUGACAUGAUCAUACAUGUCAUGAUUUCAUAUCACAUGUGACAUGAUUUGCUGUACAUGAUUUCUCAUGACAUGAUUUCACGUGACAUGAUUUCUCAUGACAUGAUAUUACGUGACAUUAUUUCACGUGACAUGAUUUCUCAUGACAUGAUUUUAAAUGUCAUGAUUUCCACAUGCCAUGAUUUGACAAUACAUGAUUUCAUGUGACAUGAUUUCACGUGACAUGAUUUCUCAUGACAUGAUUUCUCAUGACAUGAUUUCAUGUGACAUGAUUUCUCAUGACAUGAUAUCACGUGACAUGAUUUUUCAUGACAUGAUUUCACAUGUCAUGUUUCACGUGACAUGAUUUCUCAUGACAUGAUUUUACAUGACAUGAUUUCACAUUACAUGAUUUCACAUGACAUGAUCAUACAUGUCAUGAUUUCAUAUCACAUGUGACAUGAUUUGCUGUACAUGAUUUCUCAUGACAUGAUUUCACAUGACAUUAUAUCACGUGACAUGAUUUCACAUAACAUGAUUUCUCAUAACCUCAUUUCACGAUAUGAUUUUAUCAUAUCAUAUCACGUGACAUGAUUUCACAUGAUAUCAAAACAAAUCAUGUCACAUGAUAUCGUGAUAGCCCAGUGGAUAUGACCUCUGCCUUUGAUUCGGAGGGCGUAGGUUUGAAUCCGGUCCGUGGCAUGCACCUUUAACUUUUCAGUUGUGUGCAUUUUAAGAAAUUAAAUAUCACGUGUCUCAAAUGGUGAAAUAAAACAUCAUGAGGAAACCUGCAUACCAGAGAAUUAUCUUAAUUCUCUGCGUGUGUGAAGUCUGCCAAUCCGCAUUGGGCCAGCGUGGUGGACUAUUGGCCUAACCCCAUUCUGAGAGACUCGUGCUACUGUUGAGCACGAGUCUCUCAGAAUGGAGUCAGGCCAAUGAUUGACCCGACGUGGGAUUGGAACCCACGACCUCCCGAUAGUAAAGUGAGACAAUCUUGCCUGAGCCAAUACUUUUUACUAGGAUUUUUACUAGGUAUUCUUUAGUUGUUACAAAUAUUUGCAUUUACGUAUUUAAUUUAAUGUAUAUGUAAAUAAAUGAAAAUCUCAAUUUAUAGAAAUAUCUGAACUAAUGUCGGUUAUAUAGUAGACUGCAAUUAAACAUUAUUUAUCUAUGUCUACACUUAUAAUAAAUCUGUAGAGAGGUCGAUUCUGUACAUGAAAUAUAUUUCCAAAAUAACUAUCAGGGGGUGAUUGGUGAUCGAUACUGAUGCCAAAAAUGCAAUCAGUAAAAUUUUUGUCUGUCUGUCUGUAUGUUCGUUAUAGAAACAAAAAGUACUCGACGGAUUUUAACGAAACUUGGUACAAUUAUUCUUCAUAGUCCUGGGCAGGUUAUAGUAUUCUUUUCAUCACGCUACGAUCAAUAGGAGCAGAGCAGUGAAGGGAAAUGUUAUUUUAUUUAUUUAUUUAUUUUAUUUUAUUUUUUUUUAUUUAUUUUAUUAGGAUAACCAACAGCUAUUACAAUUUCACAUGUUAAAGAUUUACAUUGAAAUAAAUAUAUGAGUAGUUAUUGCACAGCUAAUUAUAGGUUAACACAGCGUACACAAAUUAAUAUUAUGUCAAUACUACAGUUGUCAGAAAUGAAUGAAUGUCAAAUUACACAAUACAAAUUAAUAUGCAACAAAUGUCAGACUACAACAAACUAAAAGCAAUAAAAUUAAAAAACAAGUCACAUAAAAUUGAAUAUAAAAAACAAAAAAAAAACAAUUACAUUAUUAAAGAUUACAAUACAAUUACAAUUAAAAUAUUAUGUUAUUACUAUUAUUACAUGUCAUUAUUAGUCAAUUAUUAAUUAAAAGUCAAUUAUUACUGGAUGUCAAAUAAUAUUAAGUAUUGGUUUUUAAUACAUUCGUUACUAAGCGCUUAUAAUUGUUGAGAUUAUUGUGGAAUAAAUCUAUAUCCUUUUGAUGUUUCACACACUCAUUGAAUAAGUCCGAUACCCGAGGAAUGGGAGAAAAUUUGCCUAAUUUUGUUCUGUAGGUCUUAUGAUACAACAAAUUACAAGGGUAUCGAGGCCUACUUGAGCGCGGUGCUCUAAUCGAAAAUCUUUGAAUCAUAUCAGAACAGUCAACUUGAUGGUUGAGGAAAUGAGGACCGGGAAAUGUUGGGAAAACGGGAGAAGUUACUCCAUUUUUACAGCGAUACUACCAGAAGGACCGGAUUAAAGAGGUCUAAGGGCGGACGAAGUCGCGGGUGUCCGCUAGUUAAAAAUAAAGAAAACAUUUAUUAUAAACCUUUCUACUUAGAUUGCAUUCUACUUAGAUGCUGACUUGGUUCAGAUAUUGAUUUAGGUAUCAUACCUGCCAGUUUUGUAUGUAAGUUUUUUAUUAUUACAAUAUUAUUUGUUAUAUUGUGUUGGUGUAAUAAAUGGUUGAUUUAUGGUUA